UCUCACUCGCCGAGUUUCUGCCGACUGCUCUAUCAUCGUUCUAAUUUGUAUUUCUAUCUCUACUUAUGUAGAAUGCUCGUGCGCAACCUCCAAGCAGUUUCGGUUUAUUGACACCACCAACAUAAACAGAUCUGUCUGCUCUGUCGUCUGGUUUUUCAAUGCCUGUUUCAGACGCAGAGGAUGAAGAGGUCCAUCAGGAUGUCAAUGGAUUAGCCAUGCAUGGCCUCGCAGACGCGCCUGACAUCUAUAUAGGUUACCUUCCAUCAUUUCGCGCACACUUGCGAGACACCAAAGCCCACCUCGCUGGGUCUAUCCCCUUAUAUGACACCCCCGAUCCCGAUCCCUCAACCCAGUCUACGCCCCCUCCACAUAGUACUAAGCAAGAUGACGUUCCUUCUUCUCCUGAACAAGUCGAAGAGAGCUCUGAAAUACCACUACGCAAAUCAAAACCAACGAUCUGGAGUUCCUCACUCUCUUCUUGGUCCCAAUCAGAGGUAGACGCAUUCUUUCACGCGUUGUCGGUCCACUCUCGCUGGCGGCCAGACUUGAUCGCAGAGGCUGUAAAGACCAAAGGCGAGAUCGAAAUUGUAGAGUUCCUCAUUACUCUGGAUUCGUGUGCGCGUUCUUGUGCCACCGGGACCGGUGACAUCAUGUCGACUGCCCCUGCUGCGAUCGAAGUGUCGGAUGAGUGGAUAGUCGCAGAAGAGGCCAUGGCUGCCGCUCUGACCAUCGAAGAGGAUCACGGUGAACUUCAGCAACUGGAGGCGCUAAGGAGAAAGAGGGUAAGGGACGCAAAGGCGGACAUGAUCCCGAGAGGAAAACGGAGGCGAGUCACGGUCGAAGUUGGCACAGAUGAACCCAUGGUAUGUGAGGAUUCGGAGAUGGAUGAUUUCGAGAGCGACUUGAUGAGCGUUGAGGUCGUCAAGGGAAAGGCUCGCUUCGAAAAAUGGCACGCGCGUAAGAUCGCUGCUUGGGAACGAGACGAUCUGUUUAAGAAGCUCGACGACGUGCAUUUGCAAGUCUUGGAUAUAAUGCUGCGCGAGGAUGAAGAGGACUUGGACACCGGAAUGGACACGGGAGUACUCUCCCCCACGUCUCGCCGACGCCAUACAAAGCGACUUUACAUGCGGCGAAAGCGUGCGCAGCUCCGAGGCGAAGAUGUGGUACCAGUGACCGUCGCAAGAAUGAAGCCUGGGAGGAAGGGAAAAGAAAAGGCAGCUCAAGUGGUGGAAGAGACCAAGAAAGAGGAAGUGUCUCCCUCCGGGAAAGAAAUUGGGAAUAGGGAUGCAAUGACUCCAGAGCUUACUUAUCCUGAUUCCCAAUCCGAUGACGAUGACAGGCAUAUUAACGUGGGUGGGAAAAAGCGAUACCAGAAAAUCAGGUCCGAUUUUGAAGAUGCUAGGAUCAAUGCAUUCUACCUCAAUGAAUAUGGUAUGGAUCUCUUUCAUCUCGGGCGCUUGGGAAAGCUCAUGGGGAUAUACAAAUCGCUCGAGCAAUACCCAGAGGAUGAUGUUGGCACCAACUUCAUCUCCCCAGAGUUAAUACGGUACCUUCAAGCAUCUGUGGUUGCGUUUACGACGGAUGUCAUGCAUCGUGCAACCGUGUGGAAGGAACAGGCUAAUGAACUCAAGGGCCAGAAAAAAGUUUGGAAGGGCGCGCUGCACCAGAUAAAUCAACAGGCUGUCGAGCAUGCCUUAAAGACAAUCGGUGUGAGGACUUUGAGUCAGCAAGAGCACUUUUCAAAACUCCUUGAUCAGUACGAUUUAUCUCCGGACAAACGGAAGCGCAAGCCAAAAUCUAGCACCCCCGGAGAUGUGGAGGAUGAGCGAGCGCGCACUGCCGGACAUUCUCCUGACGCCGAAAGUUACGACAUUGCACUCUCGCCUCAUCGUGCAAUAUACACGCCUACAUUUCUCGCUCCCGCCUCAUUUAAUGUCGGUAUUAUGGACACUUUCUUCCCGGGUUACGAUGGACAGCUUCCAUCGAAAACCCUGAUCGAUGAGGAUUUACGCUAUGCGAUGGAGGGAUCGUUACUCUCGAAUGAGACAGAUGAGGAGGCUCUAGAAGAUGAGUUGAUAGAGGACGAGAUGUUGGAUCAGGAGCAGCUAUGGACCGAAGUCGAAAGAGAAGAGGGAGAUGAUGCAAGCGUGACGUCGGAGCAAUGAUAUUUGAAUGUGGAUAAUAGUCUCUAGCUACCCCAUCACUUUAUAAUUGAUUAAUAGUUAUGGUACAUGUUGCCAUUACAGAUAUAUAUCGAGCAUUGGCGAUUUGGAGAUGAUAGGUGCGUUCGAGGAGCUGUUGGCUAGGGAGAAGCAUUCUGAUUUAGAAUACAUACGAUAUACAAUGUUUGUCGAACUUUAUUAGACACUGUUCCGUUGUAGGAGCUACUUCUGUUGAACACUGCUCGAUAGUAGAUUUCAUGCAUAAUUGCAUAGGAAUGGAGUCGGGUC